AUGUCCUCUAAUUCGAACUCGAAAGUCGAUGUCCUCGUUAUUGGUGCUGGGCCUGCGGGUCUUAUGGCUGGCAAUGCGCUUGCGCGUGCGGGCGUUAACGUACGCGUCGUAGACAAGCGGCCUAAGAAAGUUGCUGCUGGACAGGCAGAUGGUAUUCAGCCCAGGACGAUCGAGAGCUAUGGUCUUGCUGAACGGUUGCUGCGAGAAGGAAACCAGAUGCAUUUAGCCGCGUUUUAUAACCCGUCGCCCAGUGGUGGUAUUGCUGUGCACGGACGAGCUCCAGACGUCACUGCAACAAACGCGCGGUAUCCGUUUGAGGUCACACUCCACCAAGGCGCCAUCGAAGCCAUCUUCCUCGAUUCCAUGCGCGAACACGGCGGAUUGGAAAUCGAACGCCCAAUCCAGCCUUCGGCGAACAAGCUCGACGAGUCUCCCGAAGUGCUUGCGAGCUUGGAGAGUUAUCCUGUUCAAGUUACGUUGAAGCAUUUUACGGAUGAUGGACAAGAGGAGAGGGAGGAAGUCGUGCAGGCCAAGUACGUUCUCGGAGCUGACGGAGCACAUUCAUGGGUUCGCAGGACACUCGGAUUUACAAUGGACGGUGAACAAACAGAUUACGUUUGGGGCGUCGUCGACAUGAUACCUACAACCGACUUCCCCGACAUCCGCAACAAAACAGCCAUACACUCGAAGAACGGGUCUUGUAUGAUCAUCCCGCGCGAGGGCGACAUCGUGCGGCUGUACAUCCAACUCUCGGACGAAGACGCGAAGGAGGUGUUGGAUGCGAAAGGACGCAUUGAUAAGAUGCGGUGGACACCUCAGCGGUUGAUGGCUAUUGCGAAGCGCAAUUUACAGCCGUAUACGAUUGAGUUUCCGGAGGACGUUGAGUGGUGGACUUUGUAUAUCAUUGGACAAAGGGUUGCGUCCAACUUCUCGUUGAAGGAGCGGGUAUUCAUCGCUGGUGAUGCGUGCCAUACGCAUUCGCCGAAGGCGGGUCAGGGAAUGAAUGCGAGUAUGAACGAUUCGCACAACCUCAUGUGGAAGCUCGUCCAUGUCCUACGCGGCUGGGCAGAUCCUUCAAUUCUCAAGACCUACGAACUCGAACGACGCAAAUACGCCCAAGACCUAAUCGACUUCGACCGGAAGUUCGCAGCGCUCUUCUCUGGAAAACCAAGGUCAGAGGAGAACCAAGAAGGAGUGACGCAUGAUCAGUUCUUAGCCGCCUUCCAAACCUUCGGCGGCUUCACCUCCGGAAUCGGGAUCCAAUACUCUCCUUCCUUACUCACAGUUCCUUCAUCCUCCAUCUCCUCAUCCACCACUGCCACCUCCUCCAGCACUCUAGCAACACACCUAGACGUUGGGACGCGCUUCCCUCCACAAGUCGUCCUUAACACCGCUAACGGCAGGCCUCACGAGAUUCAAGAUUCCUUACCCUCAGAUGGGAGGUGGAAACUUAUCGUCUUUACGGGUAACUUGGGUGAGGAAGAAGGCGCAAGGAGGAGGGUACAGGAGUUUGCGGAGGGCGAUAAUGAAGCAAUAUGGAAGAAGGAGAAGAGGGAGUGGGAUGAGGUGUUUGAGAUCGUUAGUGUUAUGGCUGGGAAGAAGGAAGUUGUGGAUUAUACGGAUGUACCUGCUGUUUUGAGGUCACAUUGGACGAAAGUCUUCGUAGACGACGAAGACGUCCAACACGUCAAAGGCGGGAAAGCAUACGCGACGUACGGGAUCUCUCCCGAACGAGGUGCAGUUGUAGUUGUUCGACCUGAUGGGUAUAUUGGUUUGGUAGCACCGCUGGGAGGGGAGGGUGUUAGUGCUUUAGAGACGUAUUUCGCUGGGUUUAUGAAGCCUGCGUAG